AUGUCAUUGCCUUUGGGUGACCCACUAGCAGUUUCGCUUCAGUCCGGUGGCAUUCAAAUCACAGCGAUGCCGCGCUGGCUGCUUCUGCUGGGCAUGUCGGCCCUGUCUCUACUGUACAGUCUGACCAGGGUGUUCGGCCUGCUGGCCACAGCCAACUGGAGUCCACGCGGAGUCGAGAGGGUCAGGCAUAGCCUCUACUGGCGCAUCCACGGCUGGCUGAUGCUGAUCUUUGUGGGCGCCUUUUCGCCCUUCGCCUUCUGGUGCAUUUACCAGCAUAUGGCCUUUCUGCGGCAAAACAUGAUUCUGCUGCUGAUUGGCUUCAAUCGAUAUGCCCUGCUGCUGGGCUGUGCCGCCACCACCCUGUGGAUACACUGCUCCAAGCAAGCGGAGAUCAUUGGGUGCCUGAAUCGAAUGCUCAGAUGUCGCCGCCAGUUGAGGCGACUCAUGCACACGCGAGAGCUGAGGGAUUCGUUGGAUUGUCUGGCCACCAGGGCUCACAUCCUGGAAGUGGUCGUCCUGCUCAGCUCCUUCAUCCUCUCGUCGGCUCAGCCCAUCCAGAUACUAAAAGAUGAGCCGGAAGUGCGGAAGAACUUCAUGUACGCCUGCUCUUUGGUUUUCGUUUACACCUGCCAACUCAUCCUGCAGCUUUCCCUGGGGAUAUAUACGCUGGCGUUGCUUUUUCUGGGUCACCUCGUUCGACACUCGAAUCUGCUGCUGGCCAGAAUUCUUGAUGAUGCCGGGAAAAUUCUGGAAAACUCCCUCAGGGCCAGACUCGCGCCGAACCGCCAGCAGCUGUAUAGAAAUCAACAGAAAUGGCUGGCCCUCGAAUUAUGGAGAUUACUUCAUGUGCACCAGCAAUUGCUGAAGCUGCACCGUUCCAUCAGCUCGUUGCACGCAGUUCAGGCGGUCUGUUUUGUGGGAUAUGUGCCCUUGGAGUGCAUGAUUCACCUGUUCUUCACGUACUUCAUGAAAUACAGCAAGUUUAUAUUGCGAAAAUACGGCGAAUCCUUCCCGCUAAACUAUUACGCCAUAGCCUUUAUGCUGGGGCUCUUCGCCAAUCUGCUUCUGGUAAUUCUACCCACUUAUUACUCGGAAAGGAGAUUCAGCCGUACCAGGGAAGCCCUCAAAAGUGGAGGUUUGGUUUUUCCAUCGGGAAACACCGUUAAGCAAUUAAGACACACUAUGCUCUACUACGGCCUGUAUCUAAAGAAUGUGGAGUAUAUAUUUACUGUCAGCGCCUGUGGACUUUUUAAGCUGAACAAUGUGUUGCUUUUCUGCAUUGUGGAGGCCAUGCUGAACUACCUGAUGAUACUGAUACAGUUUGACAAAGUCCUAAACCAAUAGCUCACUAAAUCCCAAGACAAUGGCCAUGAAUAAAUACAAAUUAAAUUGUUCCCUUGUUAAGGUUGGGUAAAUAUAUGUGCAU